AUGUUGACAAUAAUAUAUUUCGUUUGUGCGAUUUUUUUCUUCUUUUCAUAUGGCACGAAUGCUGAAGCUGAUGUGGAGAUUAAAGUUUGCAAUAAAGCCGUCCUGCGUGCACAGGAUGGACAGGCGGUACAACGCCCAACUAUAAUCUCGUGCGUCGAUUUAGAACCAGCAUGCUUCUCUAUAUUUCCACUGCAUCAAGGAGGCGCUCAAACGCUUCAAGAUCAAGCGAAUCCGUAA